AUGGCAGAAAGUGUCUGCCGGUUGGCCGCUUCGUGCCUCAUUUUCCUGCUGGGGGCGGUAUUCUUUGGAAAUCCCGUCCAAGCGUAUGCAACACUAUCUGACGAGACGUUAAAAUCCCUUCCACGUCCCAACAAUGAUUUCAACAUCCGCGACGGCGCGCUACUAGCUCCCAUCCUGCAACCACGUGUCCCCGGCACUCCAGGUUCCCUACGAGUUCUCCAACACUUCGUUGAUUUCUUUAGAACUACAUUACCUGAGUGGACGAUAGAGUUCCAAAAUUCGACGUCGAAAACACCAGUAACCGGAAACAGGGAGGUUCCCUUUGUCAACUUGAUCGCCUUUCGGGAUCCUCCAUGGUCAGGUGUUGGAGAUACAAGCAGGUUCACUCUGGCGGCACACUAUGAUAGCAAACGAGAACCUCCUGGCUUUAUCGGCGCUACAGACAGCGCUGCUCCAUGCGCAAUUAUCAUGCAUUCCAUACGAAGUAUUGACGCGGCCUUGACUAAAAAGUGGGAUGCUAUGAAGGCCGAAUCCUCCCACGACUCAUUUUUCGAUCACCAAGGCAUCCAAGUUUUUCUAUUAGAUGGCGAAGAAGCUUUCCACUAUUGGACUGACAUAGAUUCCCUUUACGGUUCUCGAGCAUUAGCCCAGGCCAUGGAAGAUACCUUUUACCCGGCUACCUCUGUCUACAAAUCCCCACUAUCGGCCAUCUCACUUUUUGUCCUGCUGGAUCUAUUGGGCGAAAAGGACCCACAGAUCCUGUCUCAUUUCAAAACAACUCACUGGGCAUAUCAAAAUAUGGCUACUCUGGAAACCCGGUUGCGCCAACUUGGCUUGUUCAAGUCAGCGCCGUCAUGGAUGAACGGUGACAAGCUGUGGCUCCCCGACUCGGAGAAGGAGAUAUUUUUCCCUAGCGGAAUUGCCGAUGACCACAUCCCAUUUAUGAGACGUGGGGUUGAGAUCUUGCAUUUGAUCGCCUCCCCUUUCCCUAAGACAUGGCAUAAAAUUACAGACAAUGCGGAGCAAUUGGAUCUCGAUACGGUUGAGGACUGGAGUACAUUGCUUACGGCUUUCAUAGCUGAAUGGUUAGAGUUGGAGGGGCGUGACAUAUGCAAUGUUUUUUUAAGAACUGAAAUGAUUUACAUCUCCAUGGAGAUCGACUGCCGCGGCGAUCGCGGCCCACCAAGUUCGCCAUUUCGCUGUGUGUACGGUGGUGUGGAACAAAAGUCCAUAUAA